AUGAUUGCAUAUAUUUGUAAUUCUGGGCAGCAGAAGUCGGGGUGGGUGGGCGUUUGGCGCGUGCUGCUGCGUUUUAUCGUCGAUCUCCUGCCCCUGCCCCCUGGAAUUGUCUGCUCGGAGGAUGAAGAGUUGGCGUGCACGGACUUCACCAACGACUUCUACAAGCUGGUCAACAUUAGCUCCAAUUCGUCGCGCAGCCUCUACUCCUACCUCGAGGGAGAGACGGACGGCGAGGACGAGGAUGACGAUGACGAGGCAGAUUCGAGCAUGUCCGAGAGCCAAGCGGCACACACGUCCCGGGCCGCCACCAGUCCCACGCCCAGCGAGGCGGGACGGGCUCAGCGGAUGAGCUGCUCCUCCAGCGAAACGGACGAAAACUCGAUCAGCCACCCGCCGCCGCCGACGGAGUCGCAUCAGGAGAAGGAAGAAGAGCCUGACUAUGCGGUCAUUGACGAGUGCCGGCGCCGCGUUGGUGACAUCGAGAUCAAGGACGUGCCGCUGAUCAUGAGCGCCACGCCUUUGCAGCCCCUCAAUGAGCAGCAAUGCAUAGCACAGAUCAUCAAGAGCGAGCUGCGAUGCCCGUCCCAUGUGCUGGUAAAGUCCAAGUCUGUGCUGGAAGAGCAGGAGCCCAGCUGCAUCCUACGCCACAAUCAGCGUCGCGAGCUCGAAUUCACUCUUGUGCGCAGCGACAGCAUCAGCUGUGCCCUUAUGGCGAAAAUUGCCAAGGAGGCAGCGCCCUCGUCACUGGCGAUCGUGUUCAAGCUGAAGGACCGAAUUCGGAACCGCAAAUUUUAGGCGCCGGCUACAUCGAGUCAGUGGCGCCGAAUCAAUGGCUGGAACCGGGUGACGACCCCGGUGCAGAUACCAGCGGCUGCAUCACCAAAGAAGGUGAGUACAUCUAUAGAUCCCAUAAUUCAACGGAGCUGCCUGCCCAUGGCAGUGCCCACCAGAAUUCCAACGAGCAUCAAUUCAUCGACGUCCUCCACCUCGUCGGUGUGGUCAUCCUCGCUCUCGCCUUUGUCUUCGUCUCCUUCGCCACAGUCGCCCCAACAACAACAAAAGCAGCAGCAGCCAAGACCCUCAGGACAGCAGCAGCGUAAAUCGAAAAUUCCUCCAUCAGUUCCUGUGCAGCGAUCCUAUGCGAGCUAA